AUGAAAACAAUCGGAUUUGGUCACAGUUUGAUGGAUGUCGGUGUGGCUGGUUUCACGUAUAUUCUUGGUGUAGGUCGAAAUGUCAGGAAUCGAGCCAAAUCUGACCAACGGGAGCAAGAAAAGCAAAAACGACGACUUGUUCGAAGAGUCUUAACCUCAUCACCGAUCGUUUUGGGAGCUCUUGGCUUUGGAAGGACUGUUGUACUCAAGAUUUUGGACUAUGGUGUUUCCGUUACCGAAUAUGGAGUUCAUUGGAAUUUCUUCCUUACAUUGUUUGUCAUCGAGCUGGUUGCCAAACUAUUGCCAAGACGAUUCAAUUUGCUGUUUGGUAUUCUCUUUGCAGCUGCACAGCAAACGGUUUUGAGUAUGGGGUAUCAGGAAUGGGUUCUCUCCGAUAGUGCUCCAAGAGACAAUCUAUUCUCAGCAAAUCGGGAGGGUUUAUGCUCUUUGCUUGGCUAUAUUGCUCUUUAUUAUCUGGCAAGUGCAAUCGGAGAAUUCAUCUCAAAGAAUGGCCCAAAACUUUUUCUAUUCACUUUUGGUUUGGCUGUCUGUCUUUGUGUGCAAAUGUUGACGAUUGUUGAAUGGUUUUUGGGAAUUUUUCAUGGUGAAAGUCCUUGGUGUUCCAUUCAACUUUGUUUACUCGAUUCCAUCAAUCGAACUGGACUAAUAUUUUUCCUAAUUGGAAAUAUUUUAACGGGCGUAAUCAACAUGAGCCUCAAUCCCUCUUCAAUUGAUCCAAUGUCAUCUGUGCUUUAUUUAUCCAUUUAUAUGCUGAUUUGUGCCGGUCUUUCACAAUGCCUUUUUGUGCGCAAAUCAUAUCACAAUCAAAUCAAAUCACAAGCAAAAUUACCACGU